AAUGCCUUUUGUAGUUGUCAUUUACUCCAGAUGUUGAGGCUCACUGUGUGCCUGGCAUUCGGGGCCUUUGUGUCCUGUAACAUCACGUGCCCUGACAAAAGCGUCUGUUCCGAUCACACAACCUGCUGCCAGACUGAGCAUGGGUACAGCUGCUGUGGAUACCCCAAUGCUGUGUGCUGCCCAGACUUGUCCCAUUGUUGCCCUCGAGGAUUUCGCUGUGACUUGGCCUUCCAGCAGUGUGAGAAAGUCACUGAGUCGUGGAUGGACUCUUCAUUUCUGCUUAAAAAAGCUGCUGCGGAACCUUCCGUCACUCCACUUCAACCAAUGUUAUACACAAGUAACAAUGAAAAGACACGUGUACCAGCUGUAGUAGAUACCAGUGGUAGGGGUGAGUUUGGAAUCAUUCGCUGCAGUUUGAAGUUUUUCUGCCCACAAGGCACAUCAUGCUGCAAAGGACUGUCAGCAGAGUCCUGGAAUUGCUGUCCCUACCCACUGGGCCAGUGUUGUGCGGAUGGUCAGCACUGCUGUGAAUAUGGAAGCACAUGCAACAUCCACCCCUUAUCAUGUAGCCCAUCUGCAGCAUGGACCCAGGAAAAUGCUGAAAAUGGCCAUUGACAUCUUGUUUAGAUUUUAUUGCGUGGCCAUUGUACUCUACUGUACAUCAAUUGUGAUAUAAUUAAGCCCACGGUUUAUGACAAUACUCGUGUAUGAUAUACAUUUUUUUUUCUACUGCUCUAAAAAUGUUUGUAACAUAUUUUUUUGAAGCACGAUGCAACAAUUCUGUGUAGUAGCCGUACAAUAUUUCCCCGGUCGUAAUCCGAGAACUACCCCAAUUCUUACUUUUAUUUUGUAGGAAUGAACGGAAAUUAUACGUCACUUCCGACAAAUAGCUUUCUGUGAUUGACGCAAUGGUGUCGCAAAAACAGCUUCAAAAAGAUUAGAAUAUUCGUUUAUAAUUCACAUUUGGUUUUAUUGUAUGUAGAAUUUAACAAAUGGGAAAAUGAUAAAUGUGCAGUACUGUAUUUUUACUUUUCCAAUUUUAUGUAGAGACUGUUAAUUAAGCAUUUAAUGGAUUAAGAAAUAAUGUACUUUGAGUGUUUAACAGCGGCUGGUCAUGGAUUUGGUAAUUGGCCCUGACUUGAUUCAUGUUAUAAGCAUAAUGUGGUGGCGACGUUGGUUGUAACGAGUUCCGCUUAUUAAAAAAAAAAAAAAAAAAAGAAGUCAACUACAAACUCAGAAAAUGUAUCCAGUUUUCGUCUCAUCCCGUGGAGUAGUGGUCAGUCAGUCCGUGGCCGGUGUUGUUCAAACGUUCUCGUUGUGACUCCUCAUCCGGUCGAAAACUUUCCAAUUGUCACAUCGGAAAUUGAUGUCAUCACUUUGUUAAUUCCAUUCCCCUCAUUUGGCAAGUUUGCACAUGUAAUUGCUUGAAGGGUUGCACAAUGGUGUGUUCUCACUGCUAAUAAAUAAAUUACUGAAUGGAAGGGUGGGAAAUAGAUUUCCUGCUCGACUCAGAUAUUUUUUUCAGAACCUGACUGAUGCUGUCUCAAGGCCAAAAUAAAAGUUCAUCAAAUGCCA